AUGUCAGAUGUCCGGUCGCUACUGCGGAAUGAACUAGCUUCGCGCAAGGGUUCUUCGCCAAACACUGCUGGGAAUCGGAUCAGCAAAAAGCGCAAGGUCGACAACGGCGAUGGCGUAAUGCGAAAGAAGCUACGGUCGACCGACUUGGAGACUGUACAGGCUGCUGCCAACGCACAGGAUGUCGAGUCGCCCAGUGCCGAGGGUGCAGCUUCCGAUGAGGUCUUGAAUGAUAGGGAAGAGCAGAAUACCGCUGGACCGGAGCCACCCCUUCAAAUCCACCAGCAAACCACUUUGCCACUUGGACAACCGACACCAUCCGCCCCAGCUAUGCAAGCUUCGAAUACAGUGGACGAGGACGAGUGGGCCGCGUUCGAGCGUGAAGUUGCCGAACCAUCACGGGCCCCGCAGGUACCUGCAGCCCUCGCGGCUAAUGCGACCGUCUCUGCGGCUCCGUUAACGAAUGAGGAGCUUGCAGCACUGGGACAAAGACAGACAGCAUCAACGGUUCGCGCACGAGAGGCUGAAUUGGAGGGCGAACGCGAAGAUGCUGCGCGAUUCAUGGAAGACGAGUUUGACGAGAUGGAGCAGCUGGAGCAGCGGGUACGAAAGCUGAAGCAGAUGCGGGAAGAGCUCCGGCAUAAACGCGCCCAAGACGAGUCGCGGGAUCAACUGAUGGUCCUAGACGAACAACAAGAGGCAGAGGAAAGUGAUAGUGAUGAGGAUGAGGAUGAGGAAUGGGAUGAUUGGCGAUUCAAAUGA